GGAAGUUACCCACAUAGUACCCACGUAGCGAAGCCGCGCUAGCCUUUCGCCCGCGUCACCCUCCUCCCCUUGGUCUGUAAACUGAUCCACUUCAAGUCGAUGGUGGAAGGAUGGACUCGACGUCCGAAUCCUGCUCGAACUUGGGGCUGUCGUCGAGUAUAAAGUGGAUGUCUGUGGAAGGUCGGCCAACAAGAGCGUCAUGUCUCUCCCGACCUCGCAUCGUGCAUUGAAACUCAUCUCGAGGGAUCAACCCCUCUCACUCCAGACCGUGCCUACGCCGCAAGCCGGACCCGGCUCCGUCGUCGUGCGCGUCUUAGCCGCGAACGUCAUCUCCUACGCCAAAGAAGUCUACACCGGCGUCCGGCCGUACCCCUUCCCCACGCCGUUCACCCAUGGAUCGAGCUCCAUCGCCCGCGUCGUCGCCUGCGGCCCGGACGCGACGAGCUUGAAGCCGGGCCAACUCGUCCUCUUCGAGUGCACCAUCCGCGGCCGGGACGACCCCACCGCCGCUUGCCUCUCCGGACUCGCCGAGGGCUUCACCGAGGGCGGCGCGGCGCUCAUGCGCGGCGAAUGGCGGGACUCGACCUACGCGGAGUACGCCAAGUGUCCGCUCGAGAACUGCGUUCCUCUAGACGAAGGACGUUUGCUCGGGAGCCCGGGCGCCGGCGGGCUGGGCUAUGCGGUGGAGGACUUGGCGCACCUCGCGACCCUCUCCGUCCCGUUCGGAGGGCUGGACGACGUCGGAUUGAAGGCGGGCGAGACCGUCGCGAUCGCUCCCGCGACGGGCCACUUCGGCGGCGCGGCCGUGCGCGUCGCGCUCGCGAUGGGUGCGCGGGUGAUCGCGAUGGGCCGGAACGCGGACGCGCUGGCGCACUUGGAGGCGCUCGACCCGUCCCGCGUGUCCACGGUCAGGCUCACGAACGACCUCGACGCGGAUCUGGGCGCGCUCAAGGCGGCAGCGCGCGGCCCCGUCGACGUCUUCUUCGACAUCUCACCCCCGAUGGCGGCGAAGUCGACGCACGUCAGGGCGGGCAUCGCCGCGCUCCGAUAUGGCGGUCGCGUGAGCCUCAUGGGCGGCGUGUUCGGCGACGUCGCGUUCGACUACAUCUCGUUUAUGCACCGGAAUUUGACGCUCAAGGGAACGUGGAUGUAUACCCGGGAGCAGCUGCAGCAGCUGCUGAAGAUGGUCGAGACGGGGGUGUUGUCUAUCGGUCCAGGGGCUGGGAUACAAGUGGUCGGGAAGUACGGGUUGGAGGAAAGCGCGCAGGCGCUCGAUGCGGCUGCUGCCAACGCUGCAUCGGGCAAGGACCAACCCCUCUCACGUCAGUCCGUUCCUACACCGCAAGCCGGAUCAGACUCCGUCGUCGUGCGCGUCCUAGCCGCCGCGGACGGGCUGGGAUCUUCGGUGGAGGAGCUCGUGUAUAUCGCGACCCUCGCCGUUCCUUUUGGAGGACUCGACUAUGUCGGAUUGAAGGCGGGCGAAACCGUCGUCAUCGCACCUGCCACGGGUAACUAUGUAGGAGCGGCCGUGCACUUGCAAGAGACCGCGCGCGUGGCCGCAGUCAGGAUCACGAACGACCUCAAUAUCGAUCCAGCGGCGCUUAAGACCGCAGCGCGAGGGCCCGUCCACGUUUUCUUCGACAUCUCGCCCCAGAUGGCGGCGCAUUCGACGCACGUUAAGACUGGAAUCGCCGCCCUCGGUUAUGGCGGGUCGUCAUUUCUAAAGCCCUCUGGAGGCCACGACCCGGCAUCUAUGCCCUACCGCUAUGAUCAUCAACUAUCGAAUGCGGACAUGAGCUGGCUCCACCUGGCACCAUCCCAAUCACCUUCCUUGCACCAACAUGUUCGAACACCAUCCGAGGCCGCUGAUUCAGCUGGCGCGCAGGCCGUCAAUCGCAGCGCACUGGCAGCCCUUGUUUUCCUCGUCUGGGAUAUCCUGAUCACAAUGGACGAUGAAAUCAAAUUCAUGUGGUUUAAAAAUUGGAGCUACACCAAAGCACUUUACUUCUUCGUCCGUUACUUCGCUGUUAUGGUUCAAGUUUCUACUCUGCUUGUGGGAACGGAGCUCACGCCACAAUUCCACUUCACGUCGCAUGACUGCUUCAUCUGGCAAGUAUGGCAAGGAGCCGCUGCCAUAGCGCUUGAGAUGGCUGUUGAUAUCGUUCUCAUUCUACGAUUGUAUGCCAUGUACGGUCGCAACCGGACCGUCGGCAUCGUGAUUGUCGCUGCUUUUGUCGUUGAAGUCAUCGGCAUGGCUGUCAGUCUCGCGUUAGCGCUCCCUCUGAUCACGUACGACCAUAUAUGCACGGUUACGUCCGCGCCUCCUGCCCUUGCCAUAUAUGCUGGAUUUGCCAUAAUCUAUCAAGGGAUACUCUUUGGUUUCACAGCGGUCCAAUUCGUGAAGUCCGUACGCACCGGAUGGGGGAGGACUCGCGUGCUCACGAUCCUGAUACGUGACGGCACUUGGGCGUUCUUCCUCAUUUUCUUCAUUAUGUUGCUUCAGGUCAUGCUGUACGCCGUUCCUGACCAUGGCCCUUAUACGGGGAUCUUUUUCGGAUGGCUGCUUACUAGCUUCUCAUUUUGCGGCUAUCGUCUUCUUAUCAAUGUCCAGAGCUUGGCCCUUCAACACAGCCGUUCACAUCUUGGGUCGAGUAGCGCUUUCACAUCGAGAGUGACCUCGACGCAUAUGGAAUUUGCGUCGCAUGGCAGACCUCUUCCCCGCGGCGAAGAUACCUCUGUCUCAGGAGAGCAGAUUGAAGAGGGAUAUAUUGAGGAACUGGAUACCCCUGAAGAAUUCGAGCUACGGGCACCGCCCGCGAGCCUCCAGGGACAAUCUCAAGACGAGCUGAAUGUUCAGGUGGAGAGAUCUCGCAGUUGCGAAACGAGCAAGGAUCAUCAACAUCACGAGGAAGUCUAACCACAUUCCAUAGUUUUCGUCACAAGGGUAUAUAACACGUUGUAUAAUGACCACAUAUCAUUACUGUAGAUUGUAGAUAUUGAUAAACACCCAAUGUUGCUACCUGUGAGAAA